AUGGUCAAUUCUUCCUUAGGUUUAAUUGUUACUGCUAAACAAAAAUAUUAUCCGAUAGAGUUGUCUAAUGCGGAACUAUUAUCUCACUAUGAGACUAUUCAGGAAUAUCAUCAAGAAGUUUCCCAUAACAUUUUACAAAGCAAUUGUAAAUUCAAACCGGUUGUGAAGUUGAUGUCUCAGCAACCAGAAAUGCCGCCAUCCACAAGACAUCAAAUGGUUUCGUUUUUAUUUCAACUAAGUUGUAAAACCAGGGUAACCAAUGGGAUAUUUUAUCAAAGUUGCAGAUUGUACGACAGAUAUUGUUCUAAGAGAAUUGUGUUAAAGGACCAAAGUAAACUAGUCAUAGCCACUUGUCUUUGGUUAGCCGCUAAAACUUGGGGUGGCUGUAAUCAUAUUAUCAAUAAUGUUGCUGUCCCAACCGGUGGUAGAUUUUAUGGUCCUAAUCCAAGAGCAAGAAUCCCUAGAUUAACUGAAUUGGUCCAUUACUGUGGUGGAGCUAAUGAAAGUUUUGAUGAAAGUAUGUUUAUUCAAAUGGAAAGACAUAUUUUGGAUACACUACAAUGGGAUGUUUAUGAACCAAUGUUAAACGACUAUUUACUAAAUGUCGAUGAAAAUUGUUUGAGCCAGUACGAAUUGUACCAAAAACAAUUACAAUCUUUGAAAAAAAAUUACAUCAACAGCAAUAAGAGGGAUUCUCAAGAUAGCCAGGCCACCGAAACCGAUGAGGAAAUGAUAUUGGACGAACUGGAAGCUGAAGAUGAAGAUGCUGAUUUAACCCAUAAAAUUCAGUUAAUUAAUGUUAAAAAAUUCUUGAUCGAUUUAACUUGUUGGCAAUUUGAUCUAUUGAAUUUUGAACUUUUCGAAAUAUCUCAUGGCAUAUUUACUUUGCUUAAUAAAUUUUUGAUCCUAGGCGACGAUCCUGGCACCAACACUACUAAUAGCACCACCACCAAUGCUAGUUUGUUGAAUACCCCUAAUUCUUCUGGUCUACUAGAAAACAACUCCAACUUACAAAACUCUUUAUUAUUAUCUCCCUUACCAAGUAAAUAUAUUACUAACAAAAUUGUUAAUAUAUUUAUUAAUGCUAUUGCUGUUCAUAAAUUGCCUAAUUGUUUGAUGCAAAUUUAUUCUAAGCAACAAGGAGUUUUAGGGUUUAUUACAAAAAUAAAUAAUUAUUAUGAAGAACAACAACAGAUCAUGCUAAUGAUGAGCAACGGUAACAUUAAUAAUAGUACUACCCCCAAUACUAGUAAUAAUAUUGGUAAUAGCGACAACAAUACCCCAAGACCAUUAAUGAAAAACGCUGCUGGUGUAGAUGGUGCUAAAAAUUACCAUCAAAUGCCAACUCCUAUUUACUCCACCCCACCAAAUUCAAGAAACUCAUCCACUUCCUCGUCUACUCCUUACUUAAAUAAUAACGGUGCUAAUAUGACUGGAAAAUUUGAUCAAUCCGAAUGUACUUCAGUUGCUGGUCUCGCUUCCAUAAAUAAUACUAGUCUAAACACUACUACUAAUAGCUCCAUAUUUUCAAACGAUCCUACUAGUAACCACAACGUUGGUAAUCCACAUCGUGUUAUUAGUCAACAGCCUUCUCCCAUAACACCAAUAAUGUACUCUUUUUCCAAUUGCCAGACUGGUUCAAUAAAUCAAAAAAAUAAUACUAAGGGUAAUAAUAUUUUUGGCAUGUACAAUACUGGCAAUGCUGUUAUGAAUACUCAUAAUACUAAUGCUACUACUACUAAUAAUACUAAUACUACUACUACUACUACUAAUAAUAAUAAUAAAAAUAAUAAUAACAGCAAUUGUUACAGUAUUAGUCAGCCAAAUAUGCAUAACGGGUUUAUGAAUAGAUCAAUGACUAGUUUGAAUUCAGUUGGCACUGGUAUAAGUAUGGGUAAAGUCAACAAGAGAUUUAAAGAGAGUGAGAGUUGUAUAAGUAUUGGCUCCAAUAACAGUGAUAAUGGUGUUACUAGAGCUACAGCUACUAUUUUUAAUACCACUGGAGCAGCUUCAAAUAAUACUAAUGGUAGUGGUAUGUUCAUUGAAAGUCAUAAUAGCAUUGGAGUUAAAACUGGAUUUCAAUGA